AUUGCUAAGCUGUGCUUUCCCGGCAUUCAGAAUAAAGAUAUAUUAAGGAUAAGUCUUUGUCCCCCUCAAUUAAUAAUUCUUAAUCACUUUUCUACCUCAGGUCCUGUCAGUAGUGUCCUGGUGAACAACUAUGGUAGUCGGCCUGUGGUGAUAGUUGGAGGGUUGUUAUGCUGUAUCGGAAUGGUCUUGGCUUCCUUCAGUAACAGUGUGUUACAACUUUACCUCACAGUUGGCUUCAUUGGAGGCUUAGGAUUAGCAUUCAACCUGCAACCAGCCUUAACAAUAAUCGGAAAAUACUUCUAUAAGAGACGGCCCAUGGCAAAUGGCUUGGCCAUGGCUGGAAGUCCUGUUUUCUUAAGCUCACUGGCUCCUUUUAAUCAGUACCUAUUUAACAGUUAUGGCUGGAAGGGGAGCUUCUUGAUUUUGGGAGGCAUAUUUUUGCACUCCUGUGUGGCUGGGUGCCUCAUGAGACCUGUCCAGAAAAGUACACGUAAGUCGAAGUCUAAAAGUAAGGUUGGUUCGAGACAUGAUGGAACCAUGAAGAAAGCCAGUAAGGAAUCGACAGCAGAAAAGAUUAAUAAAUUUUUAGAUUUCAGCCUUUUUAAGCAUAGAGGAUUUUUGAUCUACCUAUCUGGAAAUGUCAUUAUGUUUCUAGGGUUUUUUGCCCCUAUUAUAUUCUUGGCUCCAUAUGCUAAAGACAAAGGAGUGGAUGAAUAUAACUCAGCUUUGUUGCUCUCUGUGAUGGCUUUUGUGGAUAUGUUUGCUCGACCUUGUGGAGGAUUAAUAGCCAAUUCCAAGUUAAUCCGUCCACGCAUCCAGUACUUCUUCAGCUUCGCAAUUGUGUUCACGGGCAUAGUCCACCUCCUCUGCCCCCUGGCAGAUACCUACCCAGCAUUGGUGGUCUACUCCAUAUUCUUUGGUUAUGGAUUUGGAAGUGUUAGCAGUGUUCUCUUUGAAACUCUCAUGGACCUUGUUGGACCUGCCAGGUUUUCCAGUGCCGUGGGACUCGCCACCAUUGUGGAGUGUUGCCCCGUUCUUCUCGGCCCUCCUAUAGCUGGUAAAUUGGUUGAUAAGACGAAAGACUAUAAAUAUAUGUACAUAGCCAGUGGGACGAUCGUGGUGAUAUCAGGCAUUUGGCUCUUCAUCGGCAAUGCUAUUAACUAUAGACUCCUUGCCAAGGAAAGGAAGAGAGAGAGAGCGAAGAAGAAGAAAUCAGCCAGCCAUUCGCCCAGAGAAUCGGAGGCUUUGAGCAGAUCCAAACAGGACGAGGUUAUUGUCAAAGUUUCAAGUGCACACAGUCCUCCGUCAGACAGAGAAAGAGAAAGCAAUAUUUAACAUGUCUCAUCUCAAAUCAGUGUUUAUGAAUUCCCUUAUGAGUUUCUUUGUGUGUUUCAAAGCGAUGGAAAGGAUUUUAGGUAAAACUAAUGAUCACAAACAAUAAUGAAACGGAGAUUUUUGAGGUGAUGUAUACAGAAAAUCGAUGCAGUGGCUUAUUUGCAGACUUGACUUGGGGUAUUGUGAUGAGAAAGAAGAAUUUUUAAAUCUUUCACUGACUUUUAUUUGUAGAAUGAAAUCUGCAUCCCAGAAGCCUGGCUUGCUUAAGCAUAUGUUUAAUACCAUAAAAUGUCUCUCCUCAAAGUUCAUUUUUUAUUUGAUAUUGUUACAAAGUAAAUGGAAAACAAUUAUUUCUCUUUUCACACACAAAGAAUCACAUAUAUAAUAUAUAUUCACACAAACACUGAGUAUCUGGAGACCAUAAAGAAAUAAAUGAAUUUGAAAAAAAAUAUUAUUAUAGUCAUUUUUAAGUAAAAGAAAAUCUCUAGGGAGACAAUGGGAAUGUACUUUACUUAUCUGCAGUUUCACAGAUAUAUUUAUAAUAUAUAUUGAAUAACAAUAUAUAUUGAAAGUCAAAAUGCUAAACACUAAAAAAUUAAGUGAUUUCUAACAUCAGAAAAAAAGUGUUUGUAAAAUAAGUUUGGCAAAAAAAAAAAACCAAACCUCCUUUUUCACAGUCGUUCUUGAUUAAUCUGUGCACACAGUUUUUUUUUAAAGGUUGCAAUUAGUCCCUGGUGCUGGAAAAGAGAACAACCCCCCCGCCAAGUAAUCUGUAAAAUUUUUACCUAACACAUCCAUUGAAUUAGAAUUUUAGUGAGACUGAACAAUCAGCUAAACCCCAUUGAUUUGUAUCUUAGCUCAUAAUGUACAGCUUAAUUAUGACUUUUAAAAAAAUUCAGGGCUCAAUCCAGAUUCAAUGUUGUGCUGCAAUAACCAAGCCAAAUAAACAAGAAUCCUAGUUGACACCUUCAAGUAGGCAAGAUUCUAUUUUUUUCCAACCAAAGUAAUGACACAAGCUUAAUCUGCUGAGUAAUUUGUAGGAAUAGAACUCACAAGAGUGGUGGGUCAUUAUUGAGCCGACUAAAGUCUUCCAAUUCUUUACUAAAACAAGCAAAAGCAAAAGAAACGAAACCCUGGCCUUGACUUCAGUCCCUGAAGAUGCCUCAUGGUAGAGGGAGCAAUUGAAAAUUCUGCUCCCUACUGAUUUAGACUGCCUGUUGCCUGAGAACAGAACCAGGACAUUGGAGCUUGUUGGGUUGGGAGACACCUCUAAAAAUACAGGUCUGGGGACUUCUAGGUCUAUAGUUUAUUACACAGUAUUGACAUGGUGAAGGAUUGUCACGCUGGUUAGUUUAGCAUGUUCCCAUUUUCUUGAGUAAAAGUAACUGGCAUUCAGAAUCAUUCCUAAGACACAUUUGACAGAUCCAUGAUUUCCUAACCUAUAAAUAUCAACUGAAAUUAUAUAUUUGUACAUGUCUUGUUUAAUUUGAUGAUGAAAAGAACUCAGUGAUUUACUAUUGAGUGGCACCACUCUUGCAAUACCCUCCUCUUCUUUGCGGUAGAGGGUGGGUGCUAUUCUUAUUCCUUAGGAGACUCUGCAUAGACACCGCACUUUUAUGACAUCAACAUUAAAGGUUUGAGUCUGUCCUAAAUUUAAUACACUGCUUUAAAUGUGGUCCACAGGUUCAUAUUUUCAGAUUUGGUUUUUCCUCUUUUAACAUUUGCCUUUUUGAAGAUAUUUAUGAGUUUCAAUCAUUUAAUAAAAAAAAAAAAACAGGAUGUGCCAAUAUCUUAAGGAAAUGAAUAAGGACAAUAUGUGACACCGUACAGAAUACAAUGUCCUUCAUUUUUUGCACUGUCUUUUUCUUUAGCUUGGUUCCACCCGAUCUUGAGUCAGCUUUGUUGUGUGAUUAUUCCUUUUAUAUUUACUUCUGUUGUCAUAAAAAAAAACAUUCUAGUCAGUCAUAAACAGUUCCAAAAUGAAUGCAUUGCACUCUUUGAAAAUAUCUUUUUUAAACUAAUAUACAUAUCAGACAGCAGAAGAGGAGGGACGGUAAGGCGGUGACCGUGGGAUUUGUAGUUACACCUGUAUGCUAGGACACCUACAUGCAGAUAUGCUGUAGGGGGACCCUGGAGCCUGCCUUUCUCCUUGGAAAGGGGUUUAGUUAUGUCAAUUCCUGAUGAAUCAAACCAAAGCCAAGUUGCAUUUCCUUUGCUGCUUCUCAGUUGCCUUAACUCACUUCACUUCUGAUGGCUAUGGCAUUGAUCUUUAAGGGUAUGAAAGGAUCGCAGAGCACAGGACCUGGUGAGCAGAGUCACGUCAGAAACAUGACAUUCUAAGUAGGAAUGUCUGUAACAGACAUGUUCUAAGUUAAAGCCAUAUCUUGCUUGAAUCAGUAAGAGAACUGUAAUAGAAAUGAAUCUACUUCUUUGCUCUUCCCGGUCCAACUGCAUCUGUUGAAAUACUUGUUCCUUUAAUUGAAUCUUUCAAAGACUGAGCAAAGACUGUUGGCCUAAAGCCUUUGUUCCUAUCUAAUCCCAUAGUACAGGAGCAAUGUAGCUAGCACGCUCAUCUGCAACUUUAGUACUGAAUACAUUCCUGUCACAGAGGAAUACCAUAUUUUAGAUGUUCAAGAUAAGAAACGAAAUUGAUAUCAUUGAAAUACCCACAAAGUCCUGAUUACUAUUCAAAAGAAACUAGAGUACUCUUAAUGUCCUAUCACUGGCUAGCUUAUAUAUUUGCUAUUUUUUAGUUGAACAUCGCUCAUCUUUUGCUAUUUAACCUUAACUACUUUUCAUCGUCCACAGAAAGAUAAAUAGGCAUGGACUUGUUCUUACCUAAUCUUCUUUCUGGGCCCUUUUUGAGGAGGCAGUGAGUGGGCUAGGCAGUAAUAUGUCUCACAUUGAAGACAUGACAUUUUCUCAGUAUAAAUUCACAUGACUCACAGAGUUCUUUUCCUUCUGUCUUCCAACCACCUUCACUUUAGUGGCCACACUCCACCUGAACACCAAAAGAGAAAUGAAACAAUUCAAUUUGGUAUGCUCCAAAGUAUUCUGUAAGCAUGUAAUUGUCUACUCACUUGCUUCUAGCCCUACAACAUGACAAUCAAGAACACAGAAAAGUAUAAGUAAAAUUUUAUAUAGAUGUUAUAAUUAGUUGAAAUUACAUUGUUCCAAAAAUGCCUUACAAAGAAACAACUCAUAUAUAGGGUAUUUCCAACCUUUAAGAGAAUAAAUUAUCCUAAAUGUUUGGUUCAGUUUAAUGGGAGAAUACAAAGUGAAGAAGGAGGUAAGAAAUCCAUGAUAUGCAUUUUGCCUACACAAUGCCUUUUAAUAUUAAAACCAAAGCCAUAGUAGGAGUCAUUGCUUUAAUAUAAUAGUCUCUCUCUCUCUCUCUCUCUCUCUCUCUCUCUCUCUCUCUCUCUCUCUCUCUCUCUCUCUCUCUCGCCACACCUCCACACACAUACACACACACACACCACAGAGCUCAGGAAAUUUUCCCCAGAGUUAAAAAUAGUAUAUUGCCCAACCACAAUUUAUGGGUUUAUCUAAAAGCAGAACAUUCUUAGAGAAUUCACUCAAUUUCCACAUACAACUGGUAGUGUCAAAAGCAAGUAAAAAGACAUACAAAAGAGAAAACUUUAUAUGAGAAAUGAGACUUAACUGCAAUCUAUAUUAUAAUUUAUUAUUUGCUCCGUAGACUCUGAAUUUUCUAUAUGCAAAAUAUAAUUUCAAAUUGCCUGCUUCUCUCAUCAGUUCAAAUUAUCUCAAAUAAUGAUUAUAUAUAACAGCUGAAAGUGCUUCAUUAAAUCCUUUUCUCAUAUAAAUGAUGGUAUGUUUGUAUGACUCUGGUGUAAUGUAUUUUCCCUGAAGUUGGAGUAAAGAAAGACCUUUAGUACACAUAUGCUGUUCCUAUAUUUGUUCCUACCUGUGAUGUAAUCUGUAAAAAUUACUUAUUAUAGAUCAUGACAGUUUGAAUUUUAGUGACUACCCCAUUUAUAGGACUACCCCAGGAACCAAGAAAUAUUUAUGAGAUUAAUAAGAUUAAAGUAAUUUAAUUCAUUAA